AUGAGUUCGGCGAAGAGUUUUUCAAGGGAAUUAACAACUGCUAAUGUGACGGAAGGGUUAUGCAACGGACUAUGUUUAGAGUAUUUCCGGAGUACGCGGAGUGUUGUUGGAUUUCAGAGUCUGGUAAUUCACGGAUAUGCUUUAGAUGAGGUCGGGAAAAUUAUUGCGGAACAAUCGGACGUUGCAAUACCAGAGCACUCUACGAUGCUACCAACCGCGACGACACAGUCGAUGGCUAUGUAUCAAUUGGCGUUUCUGUCAUCAGCUGCAGUGAAAUUAUGUUUGUUCGAGAACACGCCACUGUUGAGGAAGUAUGCGAAAAGUUUAUCGGCAAGCAGCAUGUUGUUUACGUUGCUGGCCAACCGCUUUCGAAUACAGAACCAUGCCCUAAUACUGGUGGAUCCCGACUUGGUCAACACCUACUUGGUGACAGUCAUUGUGGAAGCAUGCAGCAAAUCGGACAGGAAAAAUGCGCGGCAGGUGCGCGGCAAACGAACCGGAGAUAAACGAACUGGAGAUAAACGACCUGGCGGGACGGGUGGAUCGGACGGGAGUACGGAGUUGCCUAUGACGCGGAGCAUGGCUGAGGAUCUGGUUAUGCAGUUAGUGGAUAUAUUCAUCCAGUCGUAUUUUGAUGACCUUCUCAACUUAGCUUGUGAUAUCCUGCUCAGAUUGGAUUUACCCAUUUUAGUGAAGUGGCAAAAUAUCCUUUCAUCUCGAGCAAACGAAAAUCCUGCUGUCUGGUCAGUUCUUGAAAAGCUUUACAUAACGUCUAACACCAGCCCGUCUACAUUCAGUGUCGCUAACACGUUCGAAGUAUCAUUUGACGGCAAUCUUUUUGAUCCACCUAUAAUCGAAGCUCUUGGUACCAAACUAAAUAUCUGGGGAGGGCCUCCGAUAGAUUUGAUCACGUCGUACAAGCGUAAUGAUGUGGACUUCGGGAGUGAUUUGAAUUUCUUGAAGCAUACAAUUGUUGACCCCAAGUCGAUCGCUGACCCCAGGUCGAUCGUUGACCCCAAGUCGAUCAUUGACCCCAAGUCGAUCGUUGACCCCAAGUCGAUCGUUGACCCCAAGUCGAUCAUUGACCCCAAGUCGAUCAUUGACCCCAAGUCGAUCGUUGACCCCAAGUCGAUCAUAUACAAGUGGAUUCGUGACAAUGAGCUGAUGUUAAACCAAGUGGAUUAUCCAUUCAAACAUACUACCCGACGAUCAACCGAUUCGUUUCCCAGUAAUGGAUCUGAUAGCAAUAAGUUGGUACGCCGAAAGCUACUUGAUGUCGCUAUAGCCAUCGGAACGGGCCAAUGCAUAGAAAGUACGUCUGAAAGCGUGCUCGAAAUGUGUGGAAAAACGAAAUUAACCUUCUUACAAUCAGAGUUAGUUAAAUCGAGCAUAUUGAAUAGGCCAGAAUUACUGUCAGACGUUCUGCAGAAACGGUCGGAGACAUGGCAACAAGAUUUAACGGUGGAAGUAGUAAUUGAAAAUCCCGUUUCAUCAAAUAUUUGCCGAAGUGUCGGAGAUUAUAGGAAUGCUUUAAUACAUGGUUCAGUUGUAGAGGGGAUUAAUAGCUAUAUAGGUAUGGAGGAAUCUGAUGAUAUAUUUUCACCUGAAUUAUGUAGAAUACCGGUGGCAAGAAUGGAUGAGUCCAAGUACGUAUACGAUGGAGACCUGAACUUAGACCUAGCCUUGUUGGAAUCUGCUGUAUGUUUAAUCUUAUCAACUUCUGGGUACCCUGAAGGAUAUGAUGAAGGGCUGAUGGACACUACUUUGUCCAUAUUUGUGAAUUUGAUGCAGUCAUGUUUUGCGAGAUUAUCGAAUGAGUCGACAUACUACAGUCAGCUGAAGUAUAAAUGUGAGCUAUUGAUCUUGCACUUAUUACAGAUGUAUAAUAGUAGCAUGCUCGCAAAUAGCACGCAUGCAAACAGGAUGCGCGCAAAUAGCACGCGUGUGCGCACCGCAGUUAUUAGUAAGGUACUGGCAAUAUGUAAGCCCUUAUCAAGUACAUUAAUUGAAGGUUUAUGCAAACUGAUAUGCCAAUAUGAUAUGCCAUUGAUACGGUCAGUUUUGGACGAACAUGACGAUUUUCCUAUAUAUAAUACAUUUGCAGAUGUCUCCUUAAAAUAUAGCAGGAAUGACUUACAUGCCUAUUUCCAACGACUAGCUGAUAAAAGCAAGCAUCGGUUAUAUUAUACUGAAUUAAGUCAUAUUGUAUAUCCAUCUGUUUACAUUAAUGAUAGCUGUCUAAAUCAACAAGAUAUGUCGGAGGCAUAUUUGAUUCAUAGAUUUCAUUCUUAUUUUAGAAUCGGAUCAAUGGAACAGAGGGAGGAUAAAGGUAAUACAUUAUGGCACAAGACAAGAAAUGAUAUUAUGAAUUUUAAUACUCCAUCGAAUUUGAAAGAAUUACGCGCGUUAACUACCAAAUUAAAAUUAACGAACCCGACUGAUGUAAAUCUGUAUCUAUUUAGUGAGUAUCUUGUCAAUAAAUUGAACCCAUACUCUAAUAUUUAUCGAUACCUAAAUAGAAUUAUUGUUCUACCAUCUAAACAAAAACCAAUCAGGAUCGGGCAUGUUACGAUUGACGGUAAUAUCAAAUAUCAAUUAGUUAAAACUGGUGACGAUCUAAGACAGGAUAGAACUAUACUUUCUUUAAUCGAUCGCAUUAUAUCACUGCAACAAGAUCAUAUUCCGUUCACAACAUAUGCCGUAACUCCUUUCUCCCUAUCUAUUGGCGCUAUCGAAUGGUUAACCAAUUGCUCAGGCCUGAAACGAAUAGUUGAAGAACAAUUUGGGUGCGCGACCAACCAGCAUCCCUCGUAUAGGAUAAUUCUUACAACUCUUGAAAGCAUUGGUAAUAACGCCAGUGGCCCUAAAAAACAACGGAAGCUCAAUUUCAAUGAAUUAUACAUUAAAUACGCUCUCUCUUCAAAAUCUUCCACCAUUUUAGAUCUACAUAAAACUAUCGAACACACGUUCGAUGACAGCGCAUCACACAAAUGUCCGAAAUUAAUUCCCAAAACAAAAGAAUCGGUUGUUGAUAAUGAUCGUAUGGGGGGUGAGUGGGAAGGCGACUGGGAAGGGGACGAUGUCGAAGUUUCUGCUUUCGUGGAUCCCAUGGAUCCCAUGGGUCUGUUUGAUGAGAAUAUACAAGAUAAUGGACAGGAGAAGGCAUUAUGUUCAGUUGUAAAUAGCGCCUCAAUAUAUCAGUGGUUGUUGAAUCGUAGCAGGGAUUGCGUACAAUACCAUAGACUACGCCAGAACUUUAUCAAAAAUUUGGCCUUCAUGUCGGCCUGCUGUUGGGUAUUGGAAGUAGGGGAUCGUCACCUCGACAAUAUCAUGAUCAAUGCCGUGAAUGGGACUCCGUUUCUCAUUGAUUUCGGGUACGCUUUGAAAUGCGAUCUCCCGAUUCCAGAGGUGGUACCGUUUCGUUAUACCAGGUUCUUGAGACUGGCAUAUUCACCCUGCCAAUUAACGGAUAAUAUCUCAUCGAGGAGAACAGACGUUCCGCCGGCGAACGAGGACGUCUUCAGGAAAACAUUGGACCAGGAUCUAAAACAUAUUGCCUCCAUUGGAGAUGUGAUUGUGGCUACCUUGAAGUUCUUGAUCCCUCAACACUACGCCAGCAAACCACAGUUAACCCCUCUUGAUACCGCCCAAGGAGAUGAAGGUAGCCAACCGCCGCCAGAUGGAUUGCUACAAGAUGGGUUGCUACAAAAUGGACAUGCAACUAUAUCGAGCACACAAAAGGUGCCAAAGUAUGUGGACAAAGGUGGCACUUUUAUCGACCAGAACCCUCGCUCCGUUCUGAUGGAAAAGGUGGUUGUCGGGGAUACCACUGACCAUGAAAACGAAAUACUCAAAGGUGUUCGGGACAGACUGGCUGCCAUCAACAGACCCCAGCAAAUUUUGGACAUUUGGGAAGACCGACUUCGAAAUAGCAGAUGGCCCAGUGUUCAACAGACACUGAAGACCACCGGGGUCUACUCUGCAUACCUCAAAAGAAAUCGCGCCGCCUUAGCCAAACUCUCGCCCGCCAAUCAGCUAGCGAACAUGGCCACUGAUCCGGACCUCCUCCUCAGAAUGUGGAUCGGCUGGAGUCCUCAUUGUUAG